UGUAUUUUUACGUCUUUCUGUAUAUACUCAGGAAUUUCAGUAUGUCUGGCAACACUGUCAACAUCAAAUCGGCCAUCUUUAUUAAAAGCGCGCGUAAAAAUUGAGAGAGUUGUUUGCCGUGCGUGAGGUUUUCGGUUUUCUAAAUGAAUUUGUUAAGAAAAAUGCCACCUAAACUUAAGUAUAGUGAAGAACAAAUGUCUUUAGCCCUAAAUGCAGUUAAGCAAGGCAUGCCAGUGGCAACUGCUGCAAAAACAUUUAAGGUGCCCAGAACCACCCUGCUGGAUAAAAAAACAGGAAGAACUCCAAUUAAUCGAAAAAUGGGCCCACCAUCCGUAUUGAGUCUCCUGGAAGAAGAAAUUCUAGUAAAUUGGAUAUUUUUAAUGACACAGAAGCAUCAACCAGUAACUAAGGAACAGGUCCUGGAUAGCGUGCAAUUAAUCAUCAAGCAAGAAAAAAGAAAAUCACCAUUUACUGACGGAAGACCCGGCAAGAAAUGGUUUGCGUCUUUUUUAAAACGGAAUCCACAGGUUACUUCUAGGAUCGCCCAAAACUUGACACCAGCCAGAGAAAGUGUUACCGAAGAAAAACUUCGACGAUGGUUUCAAGAGAUACAUGAAUAUCUACGUUCGGAAAAUUUGUUAGACGUCACGAAAGAUCCGACACGCGUGUUUAAUGCUGACGAAAGCGCGUUUUUCCUCCAGCCUAAGGGGGAAAAAGUUUUAGCGAAAAAAGGUGCAAAAUCGGUCUACAUUGCAGGGACAAAUGAUGACAAGGAGAAUUUAACAGUGUUAGUCACAGCUAAUGGACAGGGAGAUUUUGCGCCGCCAAUGAUUAUUUUCAAGUAAGAAAGAAUACCGGCCCACAUAGCUGCGGGGGUAAAUAAAGAAUGGGGUCUUGGUCGGUCAGAGACAGGCUGGAUGUGCGGGUCUACCUUCUUUGAAUACAUCACAAAUGUGUUUGUUCCUUGGCUGGACAGAAAUACAAUUACACGACCAAUACUAUUAUUUAUUGAUGGGCAUGUCUCCCACAUGACAUAUAAUUUAUCCCAGUAUUGUAAGCAGAAUCAGAUUGAGAUCAUAGCCCUUUAUCCAAAUUCCACUCAUCUCAUCCAACCAAUGGAUGUUGCGGUUUUUAAGCCAUUAAAGACUUACUGGAAAAAAGCUGUAAGACAAUUUCACAUUGACAAUGAUGUGGCAAAACUUAGAAAAGAACACUUCUCAAUGAUUUUUGAAUCAGCCCUAAGAUCAGUGUCUAAAGAAACAAUACAAAAUGGCUUUAAAGCUUGUGGCCUUGUUCAUUUUUCUGCAGAUAAUGUAAAUUUUUCCAAAAUGUCUUCCACUGAGGCAACUGAAAAUUUUGAUUUUGAUAAUGUUAAACUAAAACAAAAAUUACAAAUUUUGGAAGAGUUAAUUCCUAGAGGCAAACUUAAUAUUUUUAAAGAAUCAAGAGACAUUGAAAAGUGGAAUGGUGACACUGAGGACACAUCCUUGUAUAUGUUAUGGAAAACAUUAAAAACACAAAUAAAUCAAAACGCUGGCGCUGAUAGACCCAAGGAACAAUCCAAAAAACAAGAACCUGGAAAGGAUAAAGUAAUAAUCCAUUCGGUCCAAAUACUGAAACCUUCUACAUCUUUAAUGGCACAAGAAAUAAACAGUCACACUCCUAUUAAAGAAAAUAGCCUUAGUUUAAGUAAAGACUCUGCUACUAUCUCAAGUGUUAUAGAAGAAAACGAAACACCCCAAAUCGAAAAACCGGGUUGUAGUAAUGGUUCUCCUUAUACACCGUUUACAAAAUUUAAGGAAAAUGUUCCAACUCCUUUUAAAAAGGCUCUAUUUUGGCCAACAGAGCUAAAAACUGAAAAAAAGCGAAGGAGUAAGGAAAAAAUACCAUCAGCCAUAACUUCACAAGCUUGGCAGGAUUACCAUAAGGGAAAAGAAAUAGAAAAACAAAAAAAACAAGAAGAAAAGGAAAACAGAGCCAAGAUCCGACAAGCUAAAAAAAAUACAAAACUUCGGUUACAGAAGAAACGUGCAGAAAAACGAAGGAGAAUAUCUUCUGACUUAAGUGACACAGAUAUGGAGUGGCAAGAGAGUAGUGACAGUUUGGAUGAUGUUUCAGAAAUUGGGGCACCUGAAAAUGAAGAACAUGAUGAAGAAAUUAAAAUAAAGGACUAUAAGAUUGGUGAUUUUUUGCUAGUAAAAUUUUUGGGGGGAAAUCGAAAAACCACCCAAUAUAGAUAUGUUUGUGUUGUACAAAACAUAUUUGAUGAAAGCGAGAUUGAGGUAACUUCUUUAAAAUGCCUUGAUGAAAAUAAAAUGAUUUAUAAAAUGGUUGAUAAUGAUGUGUCGGUUAUAAAAGAAGAAGACAUUUUACAAAAAUUACCUGAACCUCAAGUUCUGAAUUUUGGGGAUAGGCUUAAGUAUGUUUUUCCAAAAAGUGUUAACGUUUUUGAAUGUAAAUGAUUAAAAUGUAGAAAGUAAUAAUUAAACUGCCGUUGUUAAUGCACUUGUUAUUAUAUGUUAUAUCUGAUUAGAUUGUAUAAUACAGUCAUAUUAGCUAGCAUUUUAGUAGCCUACCGAUUGACGACAAUAAAAUAUGUAAAUAAAGUUG